AUGGAGGAAUUGGCUACGCUAUCGCCGAGUAAGCCGCUUACGUCUUCAAUUCUCGACCUCAUUAUAAUCACGCUCGAUUUCCACGUCAUGCUCUUGGAUUCCUUGGAUUUGAAGCUGGAUACUAUCGCGCUUAUUGUCACGCUUUCUUCUGUCACGUCACUUGCUAGGGAGUUUCAGCGCCGCGGCGCGAACGUGUUCGCCACGUCACGCCGAGUCGACACGAUGAAGGGGCUGAAGGAGAAAGGGGUGAACACGCUUGCGCUCGACGUCACAUCUGAGCCGUCCAUCCAGGCAGCAGUCAAGCAGAUCACCAGCCAAACGGGGCGGGUGGACGUGUUGGUCAACAACGCCGGGUGUGGGCUGCCGGGGCCACUGGCAGAACUACCCAUGGCGAGGAUCAAAGAGGUGUAUGACACGAACCUGUUUGGAGCAUUGGCGUUGUCCCAGGCAGUGUUUCCCUACAUGCACAAGCAGAGGAGCGGGCGAAUCAUCAACGUUUCCAGUGUUGCUGGUUACACGUACAGGUGGGGUGGUUACAGUUACAGGCCCUUCGUGGGGACGCCCUUCGUGGGGACGUAUGGGAGCAGCAAGGCGGCGUUCAACGCGGUUACCAACUGCAUGCGCGUGGAAAUGAAACCUCUGGGGAUCGGUGUUGUGCUUGUUACACCCGGCUACAUCCGCACCAACAUUUUCAGAUCUUCGCUCGUCCUUUCAGAUUCGCUCAGCUUAAUGGAUGACGACAGCCCCAGCACCACACUGAAACGAAGUCGAGUUGACAUCACCAUUGGAAAUGCGUUAUUUCAGCUCGAAGGCGCCUCCCACGUUGACUCGGAUCCAAAUCAUCAUGAAAAUGGAUACGAGUCAUCAGAUUUACCCUCGAAAACCUCGCCGAAACCAGCGGAGGAGCCGCAAAUCGGCGGGAGAUUCUUCGAGGCGGGCGGUUUUGGUUCCUGCGGCGUCCCGGACGUUCCCGACGACGCGGAGUGCGUGGCGGAUCUCGCGGCAUUUCCUGAGCUGGCUACGCGCAGCGGUACCCGCACGGUGCGCCGGUUGGCGUGCCUGGCGCACAGGUAUCUGCGCCCGUGGAUGGGAAUUCCCGGGGUGAAGCGGGGGAUGGGCGCGCGGGGAAUGAUCAGCGCGCAGAUUCUACACCGGAUGGGUGCUCUCCCUCCUCUCACCCUACUCUCACCCUCCUCUCACCCUACUCUCACCCUCCUCUCACCCUCCUCUCACCCUCCUCUCACCCUCCUGUCACCCUCCUCUCACCCUCCUCUCACCCUCCUCUCACCCUCCUCUCACCCUCCUCUCACCCUCCUCUCACCCUCCUCUCACCCUGUGCUCUCUUGCUGCGGCCACGUGCGGAUCGUGAAAGGCAGAAUCUACUUCCGUUUCGGCGGCUUCGAGUUCGACUGGUUCAAGAUGCGCCGCUUCCUCUUCUCGAUCCUCAUGAUCAAAGAAGCCAUCGCACGCUACAGCCUCCAUUCCCUCACCGCCGAAUUCUUCAUCAACACGUGCGACGCGCACAUCAGCAAAGCCUCAUCUGUCGCAAACCGCCGCGCCGGCCUCCCCAUUUUCAGCACGCACGGCUCCAUCGGCAGCAUCGACAUCCUCUACCCGGACCCGGUGGAUCUGAGCGAAACUUACUUCCGCCGAAGCGAGGCGGAUCAGGUACCUUGGGAGCAGAAGCAGAGCCGUGCGGUGUUCCGAGGGACCAUGACCAAUUUCCACCUGUUUUACGACCGGCAAUGGCGCCCCAGCCCGCGAAUGCGCCUCCACCGCAUGUCAGACGUGCGGCCAGACCUGAUCGACGCGAGGCUUGUGAAGGGAGUGGACCCAGUGUUUCUAGAUGAGCUGCGGGAGGAUGGGAUUAAGAUGGGGGGUCGACUCGGUCCGGCGGAGUUGCAAGCGUUCAAGUAUGAGAUCGAGGUGGACGGUGGUACAGGGACCUGUCGCACGUGCGGGAUUCUGGCAAGCAACCAGAUGAUCAUCAAGCAUGCGAGCGAGUAUUUUGAGUAUUUCUACCCCCUCCUGUGCCCAUACCAGCACUUCGUCCCAACACACCGAUACUUCGAUGAUUUAUUCGAGCGGAUUGAGUGGGCUCGGGAUCAUGACCUCAAGGCGCAGCAGAUUGUGAAGCAGGCCAAUCGGCUUGCAAGGGACGUGUGUACAUGGGAGGGCCGGCGUCUCUACUGGGCGAUUCUCCUCGCGAAAUAUUCCGCCAGCGCGCUCGAGGAUCCUGCCAACGUAACCCGCCCGGCUGUCUUCAAAUGCACGGUCCCUCCAAUCCAAGGUGACGUGGUGAUGCACGGCAUUCGCUCCAAAGAGAAGCCGGAAAAAUGGUACCCCAGGUGUGGGUCUCCAGAGGAAGAUGAGGGGCAGUCCCUGUGUACCCACUGGUGCUCAGGGCGUUUGGAAGAGUCCAAGUGGAAAUGGCUUAGUGCCGACAUUCUGAGUGGAAUUCAGGGCUUCAAGCCGCAAAUUCCCGGAAAUAAGUUCCGAGAUGUGUAA